AUGCCGAUCACCACGCCCACCGAGGAGAAUUGCCAAUACUAUGGAAGGUUCAUGCACACUUUGGAGCGGACGGAGGCUGAGGGCCUCUAUUGGGCAUUCUUCUUCCUCGUUUUGGGAGCCCUUUUCACGGCCUCGUGGAAGUACGGACGGGUAAUGGAACGCAUCGAGCAUUUGAGCGUGGAAAGCCGCGAGCGACAACGGCGCCUGAGAUGGCUGUUCUGGUACUGCUUUCUCACUGGUGUCGUCGGAAUGAUCAUCGUUGUUCUCGAGGCCUUUGUCAUCAACACACUGCAAUUCUGCGACGGAGAACCCCUUAUCAGUCUCUACUGGUCUCUGUGGACCAUGAUCCAGGUCGGAGGUAUCAUCGCCGUCUGGGGAAUCUGCCUCCAUGUCCGCCACAUGGUCACCGGAAAGAAGCACCCUCCCUGGGCACUUGCACUCGGAACACCAGUGCUGGUGGUUGCGGGUUUGGGCCACUACUUCCAGGGCAAGCUCAAGAGAUCACGAGCGGCCCGGAGUAUCAGGGGCCGAAGCCGCAGCCGCAACCCGACAGAAAGGGGCCGUUCCGAAGCCCUCAGCGAGGUACCUACAAUUAGGGGUGAUAGCACUGACUCCAAGGCGAGGUCGAAUGAUGGAGACAGUCCAACGGUCUGCGGAGAUUGUAAUGAUGACUUCAACGCCAAAGUCAUUGGCUACACGAAGGAUGGCGAUGUGAUCAUCAGACUCGCAUCCAAUGUCCGUCAAGAAUUCAUGUCACGAGCCCAGGGCAGCAGCGGCAUCACCUGGGUUGAGCCGAUCAGACCCUCAUCGUCGAGAGAAGGUGACAUACGCAGGAAGGACAGCAUGAGCAGAGGCCGAUCAAUGACCCGUGCCCCCUACAAGGGCAAGGAGAGACAGGACGUUGACCUUGAAAAAGGGGUUGUCUCAGCUGUGGAUGAUUCCUCUGAGAAGGCAGCGGGCGCCCUCUAA